UGGAAGGGACAAUCUGAGACUCCAACCCUGGCUGAGGGGCUAAAAGAGCUGCUCCAUUCACUGACAGGCCAACGAGUUCCACUGUACCGAACACAGUUCAAGACGCUGCACUUUCUGCUGAGCCAGGUGCUGCGCACCCUGAGGGGCACCAAGACCCACUGCCACUGCCACUGCCUCUGCUGCAGCGUCCGAAACAUCAGCUUCACUGCACAGCCCAACCAGAGCGUGCGCUUUGGGCACUUCACCUCCACCUCCCUCAGCAAAGAGAGCAUCGACACCUUCGGCAACAACACGACCUUCACGGUGGAGACCUGCUGCGGGGCCCUCAUCAGGGACUUCUCCUUCUUCCACAGUGAGGAGGAGAUCCUCAUCCCACCCUCUGAGAUCUUCCAGGUCACCACCUUCACCCGUGCUGGGCAGAGGUCCCUCAUCCAGCUCCGCUCCCAGGGCGCCAAAAGCAAUUUCAACUGCGAGUUGGUGAAAGAGAAGCGGUGCGGGACCGCGCCGUGCGCCUUCGGCGGGACUGAGCCCAGAGACCCCUGCUGCGGGGCGGCCUCCGCCGGGCCCGCCCCGGCCCUCACCGGCAGCAGCGCCCUCUGGGGGCUCCUCCUGGCAGCGCUGGCGGCCGUCGGGGGACCCUGAGCCGCCGCGAGGAGACGGGGCCGGGACCGGGAGCCGCUGGAACCGGCGUCACGGCGCUGGAGGGACGGGGCGCGGGGACGGCCCCAGGCCCGGCUCAGCCCCUCCGCGGUGCCUCCGGACCCGGGACAACCGGCGGAGCCUGGCUGGGGCCGCGGGAUGCUGCCCUGGCGAUGAGGCUGGUGCUGGCAGGGAUGGGGUGCGCGGUGCAGCAGGGAGGGCUUUGGGGGGGUCCCUGUUCGCCUUCCCCUGGCUCCCAGAGGAAUAAAGACUCGAUGUGGGG